AUGGAGGAUAAGGACAAACUGGGCCGACUCAGUUCCCAGGGACCAUCGGAAGCAACAAUGACCGGGGAAGGGAGGAGGAUCUUGCAUGUGCAUGCGGUGCAGAUCGACCUGAAGCUCAUCUUGAACACUCCAGCAAACCAAGCUUCAAACGACCUUAGGCAACAGAACCACUGGCUAGUGGAUAGCCGGUGGAUCAUGAUCGUGGAGAAGAGAACUCGGAAAACACGGACAGUGCGAAAUGCUAUCAGGUUGCAGCGCUAG